GUUCAUCCUCCUUUGCCAUCAACGCCUCCGGUCCCAGCCCCCAAACUCCUCAUCUCGCGGCCAUGAGGCUCCAUGUUACCCUCACAGUGGUUCUCGCUUGCCACCUGCUGUCAUGUUUGCCCGUGGCAGGCAAGCAGCUCCCCUUCGCAGCACAAACAUCGACGUCUCCCACCUCUCACUCCAUAAAGGUCGCCAUCAUUGGGGGUGGCGCCUCUGGUUCCUCAGCCGCCUACUGGCUCAGCAAAGCGCAAGAGAAGCUUGAUUUCCUUGGUCGCUCCUCAGAAGGUGUAGAUAUCCACGUUUACGAGCGCGACUCCGUUGGCGGCCGGGCUCGUGUCAUCUACCCAUACGAUGAUCCCCAGAGAUAUGAAUCCGUCGAGCUCGGCGCCUCGAUCUUCGCCGACGUGAAUAGGAACAUGGUACGCUUUGCAAAGGACUUCGAUCUACCUACGGAUGCCAAGCUGGAUGAGGAUGGCAGCAUUACGGCCAUUUGGGAUGGGCAGCAGUUUGUGAUUGAGGAUUUGAGCGAUGGGUGGUGGAGUUCUACAAAGCUCUUCUGGCGUUACGGGUACAGCCCCGUAACCACGCGAUCUGUUGUCAACGACCUCAAAAAGGCCUUUAUGCAGCUAUACAGCCCUCGCUGGAUGCACGAGCGUAAGGCUGCUAGUAAUGAGACGCAAAGCGGGUUCCCCUGGUCAACCAUUGGAGCCCUCUCCCGCUCCCUGAAGCUGGACGAAGCCGCUGCGUCAGAUGCUCACUCGUGGUUCUACGGCAAGGGCGUCUCGCAGUUGUUCGUUGAGGAGAUCAUUGAGGCGGCUACGAGGGUCAAUUACGGGCAGAACACCGACUCCAUUCAUGGGCUCGGCGGCGGGGUCAGCCUAGCAGCAAGCGGGGCCGCAGGUAUCAGAGGGGGCAAUUAUCGCCUUUUCCAGGAGCUGCUCGUGCGGAGCAAUGCCCGGCUACACCUGGCCGAGCACGGCGAAGUCACUGGGGUCGUUCGCUUUGCUAACUUUGCAGAGGCGGAUGCGCCUAAGUGGUGGGUAGGCACGGCUGCGGGAACUGGCGGGCUUUAUGAUGCUGUCCUUGUUGCGACACCGUGGCAUAAUGCCGGAAUUACGCUCAUGAACACUGAGGCAGUCAUUCCGGUGGACAAGUACGUGCAUCUGCACGUCACCCUCUUGGCGACGAACGCGAGCCACCCGAAGGCGAAGUACUUUGGACGAACAGAGGGAUCGGAUGUGCCUACCAGUAUUCUCACGACUUAUGAGGCUGUAAGGAGAGCGGGGCAGAAGCGGGAACGAGAUGGAGAUGGAGGCGACGGUGAGGAAGACGAACCAGUUUCGCCGUCACGAAGCUGGCGCUCUCUUCUCAGCCGCAACGUUCGACAAGCAGCCGCAAUGAAAAGCCCAACCCUCGACUUCAACUCUCUCAGCUAUCUCGCCAAGCUCCCGCCACGCCGUCCCUCUUCCAGCCAGGAGCAUCUCGUCAAGAUCUUCAGUCCCUCGCGCCUCUCCGACGAACAGCUCGACGAACUUUUCGGUCUCGAACGCAUAGGCUGGACAUAUAGACAGGAGUGGGACGCGUACCCUGAGCUGAGACCUAGGCGUAGUGACGGCGAGGAUGGAGGGGAUUUUGCGGCUGUCGAGCCGGACGAGGGGCUCUUCUAUUUGAACGCGAUGGAGCCGCUCGUGAGUACAAUGGAGACGAGCACGGUCAGCAGUAGGAAUGCUGUGGCUCUGCUGCUCAGCAAGUGGUAUGGUCAGGAGUUUGUUGUGGGCAGCAGGUGCUCAUGGCGUGAGGAGGCUGAUGAUGAUGACGACGCCAAAGAAGGGUGGGAUGGCUGGGGAUGCCAGGCCGCGUGA